AUGGAGACAGCGCUAUCUGCUUGGCGUGACGCUACGGAGCCCGUGGACGUAUCACGUCUGCAGGAGAAUCGUUUGCUCUUUACGAAGGCGUCAAAAAAUAGUAAUUUGAAGCUAAACAAGCGGCAGGAAGGCGAAUGUAAAGACACAAGUGAUGAGCGAUACUACUGUCGUCCUUGGGAUCAUGCGAAUUUUCUCGCUCGCGUCAAGAGCUUCCGUACCGUUUGGUGGUUUGCCAAACCACUUGAACUCAGUGCUCUCGAGUGUUCUCGCCAUGGAUGGAGCAACUCGGGGCCUGAUGAAUUGCAGUGCAAGUGUUGCAAGCAGUUUUUGUGCUUUCGGCUGGAUAGCAAGUUGAGUGCAGCGGGCGUGCUGAAAGUGGCAGGGACGUUUGCUGGUCAGCUAGUCACGGGCCACACGGAGCUCUGUCCUUGGCGGGGUAAUCCGUCUCCUGAAGCUUUUAUGACGCUUCCAAUUGCAACGAAGCAACAAGUGUUUGAAAAGUUUAUGGAACGAAUGCGGGAAGAAACAAUGCGACUGCGCAGCGACGUUGGGUUGCAAAAGCGGAUGGCUAGUGUCGACGUUGCUAGUGCAACUAUGACCCAGAUAUCGAAAGAAAUGAGUGACGAUGAAGACGCCGCAACUGAUCCAUAUGUCUCGGCGUGGGCGUCAAAUUUGUUGGCGAAAAUGGAUGAGCGAGACGAUGUACAUGUGGAUAUGAACGCGCUCGUUCAUGCUGCAUUACUGAUUGUAUGCGGGUGGAAGUGUGACGAAGGGGACGGUGCAUCAACAGACAUGCUUGUGUGCAGUUCUUGUGAUCGGCAAUGGCCAGUUCCUUCGGCGACGGUGGGCAGGGAAGAUAGCGGUGAGCCUCCGGCAAAGCGUCUAAAAACCGAUGUUGAUCGUAGUGUUAAUUUGCUAUCACAGCACCGGCACUUUUGUCCGUGGAUUGUCGAGCGAAUGUCCACCCACCAUAGUAAGAUUAAUCCAAAGUUAGAGAAAUUCUCAAAGCUGCCAGGAUGGAAGCAGUAUGCUCAGGCAAUAAGACUUCUUGGCAACUCGAAAGACAACGUUGUCAAGAUGACUGAUUCCGGUGAUGCGAGUGGAAAAAUAGUGAUUGACCCGGCGCAAGCUUUGAUGACAGUACAAGCUCUUUUUGGUGCGUAA